AUGGAAUUUACUGUCUCUCUUCCCCUCAUUUUGUUUGUUUUGGGUUGGGGGGGGGGGGGAGUUGUGUGGGAAAGAGAACAAGCAUUGAGAUCAUUCAAGAGUGGGAAUACGCCAAUUUUGGUUGCAACAGAUGUAGCAGCCCGUGGUCUCGAUAUUCCUCACGUUGCUCAUGUGGUCAACUUUGACCUUCCCAAUGACGUUGAUGAUUAUGUCCACAGGAUAGGACGGACAGGGCGUGCUGGUAAGACAGGAUUGGCAACGGCUUUCUUCAAUGAGGGCAAUAUGUCAUUGGCAAAGCCACUGACUGAUCUGAUGCAAGAAGCUAAACAGGAAGUACCUGCUUGGCUUACUCGGUUUGCAAGUCGUUUUUCAUAUGGUGGAGGUAAAAAUAGGCGCUCUGGGGGAGGGCGUUUUGGUGGUCGUGACUUCAGAAAAGACAACUCUUUUAACAGGGGCGGGAGUAGCACAGUUUACUAUGGUGGAGGUAACAGCGGGGGUGGGUAUGGCAGUUAUGGCGGUGGAAAUGGUCCUGGAGUGAGCAGUGCCUGGGAUUAGUGUCCUGGAACAUACUGAAAAUUGUUUUCUUGUAGUGUACAAAUUUUUUUACAUAAUUUAAGGAUCAUGAUAUUCUGCAGUUCUUCCCGGAAUGUGGUUGAGACUUUGAGUUCCUUCGAUUUCUUAUGCUGUAAAUGCAUUUUUUUGGUUCAGAGAAUGAGGGAGACGUAUAAUAUUAUGGUGGAUAGUUGUUGAAAACUAACUAAACAGAGAGGGUCCAGCGUUGUAGUGUUAAGCUUCAUUAUCAAUGUUAUUGGACCUGAUGGGGGGAGUGGGCUGCGAAGAGUAUGAGGUGAGUGGUGUAAAGGUUUGGGAGGUU